UACAGACAGAAAACCACAACUCACAUUUGGGAUUUUAAAGUUUUAUGUUUGUUKCUUUUUAGUGAGAAUCAACAAUGUUAUGGCAACCUGGUUGUCAUAUUGUUGCAUAUACAAUAGAUGUAUGUUCUGUGACCCAAAUAUUCUAUGCACCCUUAUAACCCACCCAUAACACUGUAAUCAAGGGUUGUCCAUGUUUUUAUAUUAUGAUGGGAGUGUACAUAACGGUCAUUUUCAUUAAUCGUAUUGCCUAUAGGCUCUAUUGCGUCUCUAUUACGGCACGAUGAUAUCCACCAGUUCAUUGUUGGGGUCAGAUUUGGUUAAGCCUCCAAGUGAGUAAUUAUGGUGCGACAGAUGGCUUCACAAACAGCCAGCCAGAGAAAAUGGGGUGUGACUGUUUAUGUGAUGCUAUAUAUGGAAGUGAGCAGAAGCUAAAGAAGAAGAGGUACAAGAGAGACAUCUAGUGUCUUUGUCUAGCCUCUGCUCUUAGGUACUAGACCAUAGAAUGACUUUCAAAAGAGUAAAAUAAUCCAUAAGUCUAAUAUACAGCAUAUAAAUAAUGAUGUACUAUGGUAAUGGAAUCAAAAUAACAAAAAAUUUAAUUAUUGCUGAAAUAGCACACGUAUUUUUAGUGCUUCAUAUAUAUGUUGUUGACAAAGGAKAAAUAGGGUGUAAGAGGAAGUCAUAAAAUGUGAUAAACCAUUUACAGUAGGGCUACACCCUCAACUCAAGCACAGAGCACCACCUUUCCACGCUGCUGUAUCGGUCGCUUCCACCCACUAAGAUACACAUCCACCACGCCCGCUCUUCACGUCAGUCCGCAACGUCAGAUUGUGCGUGUUGCUCUGUAUCGGUGGGCGUAGGUUUGACCGGCUUUUCAGAGGCAGACACAAUGAGCCCUCGGAUGAUGUAAAGGAUGCAUGUGGGGCUGGAGGCACGGGCACGUUUUGGCAGUAUAGUUUUUUGCUUUUGUUUUAUAUAAUUUCGAGCACACAUAUCGACAAGACUUUGUGACGGUAUAGGGAUAGCUGGAAAAGGUCGGUUCAACGAGUUCGUCUGACAUAACGAAGUCGAAAUCUCUGGCUAGUCCCCUUCGAAAACGACACCGAAAACAAAACAAMAUUUUACAAAGGACUUGCUAAAGUCAACGACAUAAAACAAGAAUGUCGAUGGUUGCGUAUUCGGAUUACUUAGCCGCCGAAUGUCUGAUGUCGAUCUCUAGCGGUCCCGUCCUACACCGACCCACCCCGGUUGUCCCCGCCGCCCAGCCCCCUCCCCAGGCCGUUCAUCCUGGGGAGCCCGAAGGGUCGAACGAAGACAGGGAGGUGCGCGAGACGCUGAGACUCGAAGGGGCCAACAUGAUGACGGUGGCCGGGAUCCUCACGGACCUCCACGGCAAAUUCCGGUCCAUGUCGGCCUACUCGGAGAGCAGCAACUCCUCAUGUGGGGAGAGCGGCUACACCACGUUGUCUGACUCAACUACCCCWACCAUGACCCCCUCUGCUACUCCAAUUCCUGGACAGUACAAUGCUACUCAACWGCAGUGGGGAGGAGGGGCGCCUCGGUCCCCAGUAAAGCGACAUCAGUGCAUUUACGACGGCUGUGACCGAGUUUAUGGAAAAUCAUCUCAUCUGAAAGCCCAUAUCAGAACCCAUACAGGUGAACGACCUUUUCCCUGUACCUGGCCCGACUGCCAGAAAAAAUUUGCCCGUUCGGACGAGCUGGCUCGCCACACGCGCACACACACAGGCGAGAAGCGCUUCCUGUGCCCACUGUGCGACAAGCGCUUCAUGCGCAGCGACCACUUGAUCAAGCACGCCCGCCGCCACCCCGACUUCCAGCCGUCCAUGCUGGGCCGCAAGGCCUCGUCCCCUGGGGGYCAGGGGGCGUCCAGCCCCGCCAUGGGCCAGUAGAGUGCAGGGGUCAGUGGCUUCACUCCCACGUCUAGGGCUGGGGUCAGCAAGGGUCACAGGGAGUGGUCCUAACCAAAGGUCCUAACCAAUCAGAUCCACUAGCCAGGCCUGUCUGUCACAACUCCCCACACAACAGUAUCUAGGUGGGGGCACGUUCACCACCCACCCCGACGGAUGAAGACGACACCAGUCUCAACGCUCAACUAAAACUCAAAACCUUUAACUGAAAAACACUCACACAUGCAGGGAAUUCUCAAUGUCUUCAAUCCGCAGUCUCAGCACACGCAUCAGCCAAAUAUUUUCCUUCCUUUCUCGGCUUAUUUUAGAGAGAUGGUGCUCCAUGCUUUUUUACUGUGGCUGUUUCCUUUCUUGCUAGCGCCAUUUUGUGAUAUUUAACUAGAGGCGUAGAGAGGCUGAGGUCAACUAAAAGUGUAGCAGCUUUGCUGAUGACAUGUCCUCAGUUUCUAGAGGUUGCACAUUCCAUGCAUUUUUGUCAUUGGRAUUUAGUUGGCUUAGUUAUAAAACAUUUUUUUGUAAUAUCGUAUUUACUGUAUUAUAAUUUUAAAUGCAGGUCAACUUAACUUUCAGUAAGGAUGAUGAAUGGUUUAAACCGCUGAAGACUAGCUGGUUACAUACCAUCCUUAUUAAUGCUAGAUCAACUUUUCUUUUUACUAUCCAUGAAACCUUGACGAAUGAUACACGUAGUAUUAUAUCUGUUACGGAUGCAAAUGUAUAUAUACCUUUAACCUUCUAUUGUAGAGAAUAUCGUGAACAAAUAUUAGAGGAAGUAAUACUUGUGAUGAAUUGUAGUCCUUAUAUUAGGGGUGACAGACUAUACACUUGGAUAGGAUAGCGCUGCCUGUGAGUAAGCGUGUGUCUCUAAUGACAUUUUGUUAUAGAAAGAGAAGACACUUUCUACUGUUUCCACUGUCUGUCCAUCUAAAUGGACAUAAUUACUUUAUCUCAGUGAACAACACUUCAGGAAAUUCAGAAAGCCUUAAACUAUUUCAUACUUAUUUUUGCACCAUGUUUACAGUUUGAAUCAUUUCUACAGGUUUACGCCAACUCGUCGGCACAAUACAAAUACACAUAUGCAAUAUGCCACUUUUAACCAGAGGUUGCUUUUAAUGCUAGCUACUUGGUUAAUUUGUGUGAUAGGUAUUCCCUCUGUUAAUAUGCUUCUACAAUUGAACACUGUGGAAUUUGAUAAAGAUACAUGUGAUCUCAUUAUACUUAUUAUAACCAAUGGUUGGGUUAGUAAGCCACAUUAGUCCAAGUGCUUUAGGAAAGUGCGAUAAAGGAUAGAUUGGGGUUCUUAUGUGUUUGUUUUUGAACUGUUUCUUUGCUGAGCAUAAUGAUGUAUGUGGCUUUUCUCAGACACUAUGCUCUCAGCCUUGUUAUAACUCCUUUCUUCYACAGAAAGAUUGAAUUGCAUGACUAAGGCACCUCUCUCGUCAUACAGUCCCUCCAAUAUAUUCCUUCUCUGUCUKUACUAACAAACUGACUUUAAUUGAUCAUUCUUGCUGCAUCAUUUGAUCACUGUUAGUUCCAUUGUAAUGGGAUGUACCUGUAUUCAACUUUUAAGUUGAAACGCUUUUGCCAUUUGUACACAUUUUCACAAGUUCUUAUCUUACAGCUCUUGGUAACUGCUGGCAGUUAUCGAACAAAAAUGAACUACUUCAAACAAAGCCACAAUAUGACUUAGUAAAAGUGUUUGCUAUGUUUUCAAAUGAAUUGAAAAUGUYUUCAUGGAUGUCAUCAUUUUCCAAAUGUAUUUGUUUAAUUUUCUGACAGCAAGUCUGCCUCGCGCCAAAUUUAUGAUUAUUUCACAAAGGGUAACAAUUGACCUCGCAAUGCUUGUGUAAUACUUGUCUUCCCUUGGAAAGUAGUUGGGACAAAAAGGGAGUCCAUUAAGAAACUCUCCUUUUCUCAUGAAACGCUUCUAAACGCCUUAGGUUUGAACUUCCUGUGUUCUUCAAGUGAAAACUACACUCUGCCAGGGAAACAUCUCUUUAGUUGCCUUGUCUAUAUUCUCUUGUAUGCUCCGUGUACAGAGUUWUGACUGUGCUUAGCACUUUUUCAUAGUAUAUUACGUACCUGUGGUGUUCAAUAGUGCUGAUCAUCAGUUUUGGCAUCUCACACGUGUUCAGUAUGUAUCACUACCCUUCAUGUUGCACAAUGCUACUUAAAUCAGUUUAGUUUGGACCUACUGCGUUACAUUUUGUAACACUUCAUUUCAGUGGUACCUACAUAAGGACUUAAUAACCCAUUCAUAACACAUUCAUAAGUAGUACAUGAACAUUGCAUAAAUGCUUAUGUUAACAAGUUGAUAUUUCAGUUUUCACUAUUUGCAGUUCACAAACAAACAUUUAUGCAAUAUUCAUUAACUGCUUAUAAAUGUGUACUGUAUGGRUUAUGAAUGGGUUAUAAAGUCCUUAUGUAGGUUCCCUUCAGAUAAAGUUACCAAUAACUCAAUAUACAUUUUACAAACCACUAAAUCUGGCUGGGGGGGGGGGGCAUAAGCAUAUCUCAAACAAUUUAAUUAAUCGCGCUGAACACCUUAGGGCAUACUAUGCUGAAUUGUUUCCCUCUGUACACUAAUUAAACAAAUAUACACAGCUGCAUUGUUUGUAUAGAACCAAUGUUUUUAGAAUUUUGUUAAGCCAAAUUUUUACAUCAAUAACUCUUUAAGAAACCUCUUAUUUGAGCUUUGGUUACGUAGAUAAGAGGACCUGUGGAACUAAUUGAAUAAAUGCUGCGACUUGUUCUUUGAUAUUUAUACUCUCAGGUGUCUUUUAAACAUUUCUUCCAUAUUUCCUGUGCAACACCCAAKUGUAAUCAUKUAUUGUUGCUAUUAUUUUAAGGAUUAAUUUAUUACGGUUUAYAAUUUGCGUGGUUCAAUUCAUUUUUUCCCCAUAGCUUAUUAUUUUGUGAUAUGGAACAUAUACUAAUAAUUUGGUUCCAUUGUUUGCUUGAUACAAAACUGCCAGUGCUUUUUAAUAAUAAAUAAAAACCUUAAGUUUAA